AUGACUGGAGGGCGAACAAAUGAGGCUGAUUUCAAAAUGGAUGAAUGGUUGGCCGAUCUUGAGAAUAGCGAUAAGAAGAGGCGUCACAUAGAGCAGCCACUUGUCGACAAAGUGGUUGCCUUUCUUGCUCGAGCACUGGUCAGUCCGACCGCCAGGCAACUAGAGCCAAACCGCCCUGGGGCUGGCCGUAUUGUGUUAAUAACUUCAGGCGGAACUACGGCUGCAUUGGAAGCGCACACAGUCCGAUUUAUAGACAAUUUCAGGUGUCAUUUUUCCCCUCUCCUAGAAGAUACUGAUAGGCGAAUUAUUUUUUAUAGGAUCAACUGCACCGAGCACCGAAAAAUAUUAAAGCGAUGGGAAUAA